UCUCACGUGCAUCCUGAGGUUGUCAACAUUGGGAAUCCAGAGAAUUUCUAAGUUAAUAAAUUCUUGUUUCGUGUUAAUUUAUUGAGAGAUUACGCGAGCUUCCAUAUUUGAUUCAUUACAGUUAUAUGAACUUUUUAUUCUGAGUGUACCGAAGUGACGACGUAAUCGUUUUCAUUUUUUUUAGUUUACAGAAGUGUGUGCUUCAAGUUGCAAGUGUAAACCUGAUCUCUGAAGUAUUGGCCAUUUGACAAUGUUACAUCUUUGACAAUGACAGUCGAACAACCUGCUCGAAGAGUUGGCCAGCCAACCAGGCCAUGUGACGAUCAUACUUACGCAAAAGUCAAAGAAGUAACUGGAAUAACUGAUCGAAAAUUGAUUGAUGAAGCUGUUAAUUCAUGUCGCAACCCAGAAGGGAAAUAUGAAGUCGCAGAAGUCAUCAGUUUUCUUAUUGCUGAUGAAAAACGUCAGAAAGGGGGAAAAAGGGGAUCUGGUAUCACAGUUGUAAGAGAAGAUGAAGCAGAUGCAGUUGGUCACCAGACAGUGAACCUCAAUAAAAAUGCUAAAACUGGAGGAGUGAUCGAUCUGACGAGUGUUAGCGACACAAAUGAGUCUGAUGACAUUCAAAAGGCCAUAGCAGCCAGUUUACAGGACAGUUCAGGCCCCUAUGUCCAGGAAUCCUCUGCUGGCAUCCUUGGUGGACAGGUGUCCAGAGAGGAGCAGGACAUUUCAAGAGUUUUGGAACAAAGCUUGAUAGAAAGCAAGGCAGGAACGAAGCGCAAGCGAGGGGACAUAUGGUUUGUGGAUCCCCUGAAUCCCCAUGAGAGAAAGCGGGUGGACAGUUGGCCCAUCGGCCUGAAAAAUGUGGGAAACACGUGCUGGUUCAGUGCUGUCAUUCAGUCCCUGUUCCACCUGAAGAGGUUUCGACAUCUUGUGUUGACAUACCAACCAAACAAGGAUGUUCAAGGCAGAAGUGAGGUUAAGCGAAAUCUCCGAUUCAUGUGCGAGUUGCGUCACCUGUUUGCGCUGAUGGUGGGCUCAAGGCGUAAAUAUGUGGACCCGAGCCGUGCUGUAGACAUACUCAAGGAGGCCUUCACGUCCAGUGUGGCCAGCAGUAGCAGCGUCAGUGAUAGUCAGCAGGAUGUCAGUGAGUUUCAACACAAACUUCUAGACUGGCUAGAGGACGCUUUCAAGGCUGCAUCUAGACCUUCCUCCCCUGAGGAGGGUGCAGAGAAAGCAGAGAAGGAGUGCUUACCCGGUGCUGACAAUCCCAUGGUUGACCUGUUUUAUGGUCAAUUCAGAGCAGAAGGGGUCAAUGAAGGCAAAGAUUUCUGUAACGAGGAGACGUUUGGUCAGUUCCCGCUGCAGGUGAACGGUUUCCGUGACAUCCAUGAAAGUCUGGAAGCGGCCACCGCCCUGAGAGAGAUAGAGACUGUCAGCAGCCAGACCGCAAUGAAAUCUGGACAAGAGCUGUGGUUCACCAGACUGCCACCAGUGUUGACAUUUGAACUGUCUCGGUUCCAAUUCAACCAGCAGUUUGGGCGGCCAGAAAAGAUACACAACAAAAUUGAGUUCCCGCAAGUCAUUUACAUGGAUAGGUACAUGGAUUGUAACCGCAAGCAGACUCGGGAGAGGAGAGAACGGGCCAAGAAGUUGAAAGAAGAGUUGUUGGCCUUACAGGGUAGACUCGACAAAUUUAUCAAUUACGGCUCGGGCAACAAGAGAUUCCCACUUCAAGAUGUGUUACUAUACGCACUGGAGUUUGCCAAGACCCGCCCUGAAGGUCCGCCUCGCAAGGUUGCAACCACGGCAACCGUAACAACAGAUGUGGAAAUGGAAUGUCUUUCACCCAAUACCAGUUCAAGCAUGAUGGUCGAUUCUCCAAUGAAGUCCCCUUCCGAUUCUUCCAUGUCAACUGUGACCUCUCCACAAGGUCACUCGUCACCAGAGAGCACAAAGGGCAACAGAUCAAAUGCAAUUGUGCUUAGUAACCAGUCUGUUACUGGUAUCCAUGGCAACAUAGAAGAUAGCCCAUCCUCUAGUAGUCAAUCUGCUACCUCUGUCCCUGAUUCCUCUGCCGUUCCAUCUCUUAUGUUGAUCAAUUCUGAAUCCUCUUCCAACUCCUUCAACCUGCCGGAUGUUUCCAUGGUAGCGGAAAGUAGGUCGUCACCGAUGAUCGUUGAAGAAGAAGUCUCUACACCACAUCCAAAGCAUGUUUCUGAUAAUGAACUCUUGGUGCUUCAAGAUUGCUUGCAUAGAUGGAGAACAGAGGUGGAGAAUGACGUGAAAGAGUUGCAAGAUGGAAUCAGCCUACUGGAAAGUUCCAUCAAUAAAAUGUAUAGUGAUGAGUCUAUGACACAGCAUCCAUACCACCUGCAUGCAGUUCUGGUGCACGAAGGUCAGGCAGCGUCGGGCCACUACUGGGCCUACAUCCACGAUGCCGGCACCGACAAGUGGCUCAAGUUUAACGACAUUGCAGUUAGUGAUGCAUCCUGGGAAGAGCUGGAGAAGGAGUGCGUGGGCGGCUACCAUAACGCCAGUGCCUACUGCCUCAUGUACAUCGAUAAGAGGCGCAUUGAUGAGGACUCCAUGUCUGGCAACCAGAGUGCCUGCAUAAGUCAGGAUCUUGAGAAUCUCCCAGAUGACCUCAAGGAACUGGUAACCAAUGACAACCAACAGUUUUCAGAUGAGAUUGAGAGAUGGGACCGUGAGGCGGCACGUAAAGCAGCCGGGGGCGGGGAUACAGAUGUAGCGGUUAUAUCUGAACAAAAACCAGCUCUGUUUGCAGCCCUUCCAGUUCCCGCAGUAACCUCAACUAGUAAUUCAUCCACUCAGACUAUGCAAGCCCGACAGCCUGUCAAUUACGCAAGUAUUCAUGCUACACUUGCCGUGGAGGAAACGAGGAAAUCUUUCAAAAAGUUAAUUGGUGACCUCCCUUCCCCAGAGACAUUGGACCCUCCUAGAUUACUCGAAAAAUUCUUAGACUUAGAAUUGAAGAGAACGGAAGAGAUAACGAAGGAGUUACCAAAACUGUUACCGACAAGGGACCCUAGACUUCAGCACAUUGUGGUGUACAUGCAACACUGCAAGUGUCACCAUAACCACAUCAUGUACAUGCUCCUUGAACAGGUUGCUGAGGGAUUCUCUGAAACUGCUGAAAUGAUUGGAGCAAAGAAAGUUCAACAGUGUGCUGCCGCUAUGAUUAAGAGACAACGGGAGGAGAAGCAAGAGUCAAAUGUGGCCAUGGAACAUCAUCUACAGAUAUGGCAUGAAACCUACCAGAAGUUUUUGAAGACAGCCUUGUUAUUUGUUAAAGGAAUUAUCUUUUAUUUUGAUGAAAAACAUCUCCAGUCUUUGCCAUACCUCCUACACGCUCACCUUCUCACACUGGACUUGACAAAGAAACAUCCCAACUGUGGACUCACAAAUCCAAAGAUUUUGGCCUUCUUCUUGCGGCAGACUUUACUGCAUUUAAACGACACGCUGACGUCCCAAUUUGAGGAAAAAGUUGAUGUGGUGGACAUUUUGGGGAGUGUUAUCAGUAAUGUAUUACCGUGUAUGCAGACGGUCAUCGAUAUCGGCUCUAGUGAGGAUGUGGCAGCCAUUGAAGAAAUCCGAGAAAAGUGGUGCUCAUACUUGGGACAGGAGAUUGAUUCCAACAAGGCAGAACUCCUCCAAGACUUUUUAUCAAAAUUAUUUGAACCACCAUACGACCUUAAGUUGCCAUCAAUGCCUCGUAUUGGCUCAGAGAGCUUUUACCAGUUGCAUAAACAAUUCACACAAGUCAUGGAAAAGGCUGUUGAAUAUGGAUACGUUGAAAAGGCUCUCAAGGGGUCCUGAUGUGUGUCCUGAAGUUUCCAUGUUUUGUGUGCGAUAUCAUUUGUUGCAUUCAGAGCAACCUGUCUCCAUAUGCUGGCAUGAAAAUCUCCAAAUUCUUCAGCAAAAAGGACACAAAGCAUCACUCUAGUUUGAGUGAAAGGUUCUUCUGUCUUAGAAUCAGGCAAGCUCUGAAAAAAGAGGCUUAAUUUGUGUGUGUAAAGUGUCUUCCCAGAUAAGCCUGAAAUCUGCAUAGGCUAGUCAGAGACGAUACUGUCCUCUUUACUGGAAUUUUUCUUUUAACCAAAGUGUCUUCUACAUGAAAGUCCAGUCUAUAGGGAAAGUGUCUUCCCCAAUUAGCCUGUGCGGACUGUACAUGCUAAUCUGGGACGACACAAGGCACAUGCAUUUAGCCCAGUUUUCCCAGAACAAGGCUCAAAUAAUUGGGUUGAAAUUGCAGUGUGAAUAGACAAAAAAUGUCUUAGUUGUAAAAGGAUUCUGGAUAAUAACAGAGUGGUUAGGUUUCAGUGGUGAACUUGUAAAAAGCUUUAUUAAAAGGAUUCUUAUGGGUGUUUUCUGGAUAGUUCUCUAAUUUUAUCAGCAGGGACAUCUGUUGAUAAUCAUAUGUAUAAGGCACGUCACAUUUUGAGUAGUGAAAUGUCAAGGUAAUCCUUCAAGGUCAAAGGUCAAACAUCUUUUUUAUGCCCCUGGAUCGAAAGAUCGGGGGCAUAUUGUUUUUGGCCUGUCUGUCUGUCUGUCAUUCAUUGUGCGUGUCACAAACUUUAAACUUGGUUAAACUUUUGCAGUAACUUUUUGAAUAUCGAAGAUAGCAACUUGAUAUUUGGCAUGCAUGUGUAUCUCAUGAAGCUGCACAUUUCGGUUGGUGAAAUGUUAAUGUCAUCCUUCAAGGCCAAAAGUAAAAAAAUACAAUCCAAGGGGAGUAAUAAGCUUUAAAAGGGAAAUAAUUUCUAAAUUUGCCAAAUGAUAUAUUGAAAUUUUAUUUCAAAGCGGCGCUAUAGGGAACAUUGUGUUUCUGACAAACACAUCUCUUGUUAGCUGUUGUUCUUGAAUAAAUUCUUUUGCUUUGUGGUAAAUUAUUCUCACUUUUUUACCUUUCUUUCAUGUUUAUUAAAGAGAGAUGUGGAAAAAAAAGUGUGGCACUAAGUAAAAAGAUUCUUAAAAAAAACCAGCAUUAGGUUAACAAUACUUGAUAAAAUUGUGUUCAAACUUACACUGUUAUACAUGUACUGGGUUGCUGUUUCUGAGAGUGGGGCAAGAACGUCCCCAGUUGUUCCGCAGAUCUACUUGUCAACCACUUCAUUUAAACUAUCAUCAUAUGCAGAACAUAAUCAUUACAUUCUUAGCAUUUGUAUAAGUCUCGUUCUUAAAACACUGCGCUUAGUGCAUGCCGGUAAAGUGUUGUCACAGACGUUUAAUGCAUAUGGGUAAAGUGAUGUCUCAAAUACUUUAACCGUGUGCAUUUAGCCCAGUUUUUCCCCUGACUAAGCGCAUAUUCGCUUGUGCUGUUGACUCAAAUCAAGAUACUCUUUGAGCAUGUUUAUGAGUCAUCACAUGUUUACUUACUCAUAUGACAUUGUUUUCAUUCUUACUGAGAUUCUUUCCAAGCAUUGAGUCAUUUACAAUUCAGUACUUUUCAACGCUUAAUCUCAACUUUAAGUAUAGUUUGUUACCUUAUUUACUCACUUAAAGCAGGGCAUUUGUAUUAAAAUCCAGCUGUUGUUGUAAUAUAUCACAUGUAAACUAUCUUACUCCGCAAAUUUUAUAUGUGUAUAAAAUAAUCACCAUUUUGUUAUUACAACCAUUUCGACAUGUUCUGGCUACUGCAAACAACAAAUACAGGGUUUAUUAUUAUUAAUAGUAAAAUGAAGUUUGUCUUAAUAAGGAUAACAAUACAAGUGAAGAGUUGUUGGUGUUUUACUAGUAUAAAGUUAAUUGUAACAUUAUGCUUGUAUACAUGAAUGAGUUAAUAAGUUAUGUAGCUUGGUUUGUUUUGUUUAUCAAAAAUAAUAAUAAACAACCCACAAAUAUUAAUUCAUGUUGCACUGUGAUUAAAUCAAAUUUGGGAUGUAGAUAUAUGAGUCGCGUUCUGAGAAACCUGGGCAUAAUGCUUAUGCGUAAAGUGUCGUCCCAAAUUAGCCUGUGCAGUCCGCACAGACUAAUCAGGGACGACACUUUCCACUUUUUAGGACAUUUUUUGUUAUAAUGAAGUUUCUUUUUAGCUAAAAUCCAAUUUAGGCGGAAAAUGUGGGAUGACACUUUAUGCACAUGCCUUAUGCCCAGUUUUCUCAGACAUGACUCAUAUGAUUAUGUUGUUUUUAACAUGUUGUUGCAGAAUGCCUUUCCACUUAGUGCUAACUUUAUAGUAAUUCAAUAAAGCUAGAUGUGAUUGAAUUAUUUUGAAGUAUUAUUUUGUAUUUAUCUUGUCACUCACUAUAUUUAUGUAUUAACAGUUCAACGUUAACAGUGUUAUUGAGUAUGUUCCAUUAAAAUAUCUUUGUUAAAUCAA